AUGGUGACAAAUAUCGUCGAUUCGGGGCCAGCGCGGCCAGAGCGCAACAGUCUUGGCCGUGAGGUGAAUGAACCCCCCUCACCGCAGCAAACAAUUCAAAAUCUACGAGCAUCAUCUACGGAAAAGGCACGCGCGAGGCUGCUCCCAGCCUCUACCGUCGAGAAAUCCGCCAAGGAAUCAAGCAACAUCUCAAAACCCAGCAGGGCGCAAUGGCUCCCUAUCGCGUUGAGGUGGCCAUAUUUGUGCACAAUACUUGGUGUCACUCUCAUCGUUUUGGCGGUUGUCAUUGCGCUUCAUGUGAGGUCUAAGUUGCACUCUGGACUCGCAGAUGAUGAUGGGAGCAAUGGGACAUAUUUCCUUUCAAGGUUCCUGCCCACUGUGGUAGCUGUUUCGUACGUCUUCGCGACAUCGAUCAUCCUGGAAGAUGUGAAACGAUCUGAGCCGUAUGCCCGUAUGUCCUCACCAGCAGGUGCACCUGCGACCAACACCCUGUUUUGGGUGGCCAGAGCCUGGUGGACUACUCUUUACGAUAGUCUGCCUAGCAAGAAACGAGGCCAGAGAUUUAGCUGUUCCAUGUUUUGCGCCUCUUUGGUACUCAUCCUUGGAUUCCUCAUACUCUCACCUUUCUCCUCCACAUUUCUAGUCACCAACGAUGUCGUUUUCUCUAAGGAUCGCACAUUUGGGCAAUUGCCACUAUCUUCAAGGCUACCAAUUCAGCCAACAGCCUCGUCAACUACCUACUUCCGCACAAUUGGGAACGUGCUCCAGAACGUGACCACGUCGUCAUGGAUCACUGAAAAGUAUGCGGUUCUCCCACUCUGGCCGGCAGACCAGAUUGUGGAAUCCAUGAGUGCAUUUGUUGGCCAAGGAAGCGAGAUUUGGCAUGCUGAGACUCUUGUGGUCAGCACAGAGCUAGAAUGUGAGCCAUUGGAUCUCACUGAUGUCUCUUGGGUUCAAGGUGUCUUGCAACCGGAAUACACCGACCCAUCUAUAACCUUCGCGACUGAAUCUGGGUGUACCCUGUCGAUGAUUGUGUCCAACAGUAGCGGACUUUCUGCCUUUGCAUCAUGGACCGUGCCAACGGAUUUUGCCUCGGACGACGCACACGCCUUUAACUCCACCGGUUGCAUCGGAGACGAGGUGAUGAUGUUCGCGACCCCUCCACUUGCGGGCAACCUCAGUGUCUCCAGCCCGGACCCGAAUAUACAAGCUAAAGGAUUGCUUUGUACUGCUCAAUAUUUCUACGCUAAUGCUACAGUGGCUGUCACUGUUGGGUCGGGCGAAUCGGUGGUUACAGUCGACGAGCAAGAAUACAUGGCAAACCGUCGGCCGGUUCCUGAGAGUUUCUUUGAUGUGAUCGGCGCACAGAAUGUAUUCCUCACCAAGACAUCCUGGCCACAGCGUCUGUUCGCAGGAAAUGACUACAUCGAAAUACGUGGCCCUGGAGCACUCCUGGCGGCAAGCUACGAAUUCUCGGUUGAACGUCUGGUUCAAGACCAACUUCUCCUGUCAAAAGCUCAGACGCUGAAGCAGCGCUUUCUCGGCGAGAUGUUACGUGACACUUUUGACUCGGCUCUGCUCUCGGAUGAGCCCAGAGUCCAGGUCGAUGGAAAAGUCUCCUCAAAUCGUCGGAGAGUUCUGGUCGUGCCCGCCGUGGCGAUAACAUUGGAGGUAGCCCUGGGUAUCAACUUCAUACUACUGCUUCUCACUCUUAUGAACUCACGACUUUCCAAGCGUCCAUUGGAAUUAAACGCUGAUCCAGCCACGAGUAUUGCCGUUGCUACUUUUGCAUCGCAGGAGCCCCAUACCCUACGGCAGCUCAACGAUGCGAGCAUCGCCAAUCCUCUGGAGCUUCUAACCCAUCUGAAGGACCUAUGGUGCCGGAACAUGGACAACGGGCUUUAUAUCUUUGAUCCUGGGCACAGAUCAGAUGGCCAACAGACAGCUAAACUCAUGAAGAAACUCAAAACCAGCAGCAGUUUACCAACUGUACUUCACCUAGUACCUGUACUCUGCCUUUUCGUCUCUAUGUUGGCCGUUGCUGUGACGAUCUCAGUUCUGCUCGGCUUUUCUGAGACGGACGAUCUCUACCAAACUGCUUUCGUGUACCAGAUUGACUUCGCGGUCGCUGGGAUGCAACUUGAUGCCAUAAAUCCUGCAGCUGUCCUCACUACAUUCCUAGCGGCCUGCAUUACGCUCUGGUGGGGUGCAGUGGAAUCGAGCAUUCGAAAACUACAGCCAUUCCUAGCACUGGCGAAAGGACCUGUGCGAACUGAGGACGGGACUGGAUUAUCCUAUGAAACGUCCUAUCUCCUUUGGGCUGCCGUCAAGGCCAUCAAGCGUAGCCAUUGGCUGCUCGCUCUGGUCUCUUGUGGAGCUUUCUAUGCAGAAAUUUUUACCAUUUCCAUGUCAGCUUUGUGGUCAAGAACGCAUAGCGAGAAGAAUUUCGUCUCUCAAAUUCCUGUGUCCUUGGAGAUUCGACAAAUACCUUUGGUUUUGGUUGGUCAUCUCAACAACAAUGACUUUUAUUCUAGUGCAUAUAGAGGCGAGGCUCUGAGAGAGUCAUUCACGAAUCAAACAACAUCUUGGAUGUAUGGUGCAAACAUACAGCUUGCAUUGAACGGAUCACAGCCUCCGUGGAGCUCAGACGGAUGGAGCUUUGCUCCGGUGGACCUGAGCGUGCUUCCUAAAAAAACGCUACAAAAUAUUGGCGACGACUCAGCGACAAGCGACGAAAGCGGUGUUCCACUCCCUUCAUCAACGCUUGCUACCCUUGAUACUGCUGCUAUGCACGCAAGGAUCGAAUGCAUACCUUAUGACCCUUUUGAGGACACCAGCAUUUGGACUACGGAACAAGAUCUCACAAACAGUACGUAUUGGAACACUAGUUCAAACCCCAGCUCUCUGGAAACGGCCUACGAACUGGGCACUAUUGCCUGCUCUACCGACAAUCCCAACAUCGGACUCGGAUAUCUUUGCGGUACCGCUGGAGGUAUCAAUGUUACGACAACGUUCUACGUGCAGCCUCCACAGCUCUCCUGUUGUGAAAAUCGCACCGAAGACGAAUAUGGACUGGCAUCUGUGGGCUAUUGGUCAGCAAAUCGAAGCCCCGGUGUCUUGUUUCCUUCGGUAACUGCCGAUUACCCUUUCAAUUUCACGGUAAAAUGGAUUCACGGCACACCCCAAGAGGGUUUCGUAAUGGCGAACGCUUCAUCGGAAUCACGGCGACUCCUCUGGCACGAACCGCCCGAGAUGACUGCACUUAACUGCAGGCCCAUCAUCGAGACCGCUAACGCUCGAGUCACGGUUGAUAUAACUUCCCUCAAGGUGCAGCACUACUCCCUGACCUCCGAUCCUGUCCCAGAUACUAAAGCCUGGAAUGAUCUCUUCACGUAUCACGUCGCAGAAGAAGAUUUACCAAGCGACAUAAACGGAUACCCAGUUAAUGUAACAGUCAGCCAUGGCGCUUACUUUCUGGCUGCUCUCAUCGGUGCCAGCGAUAUCUCUGCUCUAAGUGCCACUCCACGAUCAGGCUACCAGGAUACUGAAACCCUGGACGACCAGACAUUCAAUAUCCGGAAACAAGGACUGAACCUGGACUACAUGUCUUACAGUAUGCUCUCGCUCGUUGGAUUUGAUCCUACCGCACUUCUUAAUCCAACUACAAUGGAGCGAACAGCCCAGCAGGUUUUCUCUACGUUCUUUCAGCACUUUGCAAGCAGCUCUGUGACCACUGCACAGGGUGGCUGGGCAUUCCAGAAGCUCGACGAACGCUUGCCCGCCGAUUUGACAGAUGUCGAGGAUCAGUCUACGGUGGAUCCACCCGCAAAUCCACGCGCAGGCGAGUUGGUGAGUGUUGAAGUGGUACAACCAGUUGAGGUUCUGAAGAUGUCGAGAGUUGCAGCAACGAUUGCCCUUGCGGUGCUGCUUUGGUUACUGGUCUCAACCUUAGCGCUUGCUUGGAGGAGUAGGACCUACAAGGCGAGGCUACGGUGGCGCGUCGAAACGAUUGCUGAUGUUCUGCUCAUGGUGGCCGGCAGUGAAAGGCUGCUUGGUAUGCUGAAAGCAAAAGACAUGGUGAAGACGAAGGUAGAUCCACACGCCACUGCAAUGCUGGCAGAUUUCACGACGAAGGAUCGAAAUCUGAGAUGGGGCAUCGAGCUGGCUACUGCCGACGUCACCAAAGAUACCAGGAGAGAAUCUGCACCCGCGGUUACAACCGCAAUGGUGCCUCUUUCACCUUCGCACACUGUUUCGCCCACUCCAGUGCAGGAACGAGCGCCUCUGAUUCCGACCAAAAUAACAAGUCCUCCUCUUUAG